AUGGCGAGCCAGAAAAAUGCUCAGCAACAGGGGCUUGCGGCGUGCCUUGCUGCCUUCUGGUCUAUGCUGCAGCCUCACCCGAUCCACGAUGUCCUGAGCCGUCCUGCUGCGAUCGUGCAGACGGAGCUUGCUGGCACCAUGGUCUGUGGACGAGGGCUUACUGCUGCGCUUUGGGAGGGGCUGCCGACUGCUACCGCUGGGGCGAAGAUGCGCCAGGCAGACGUUGGUCUCUUCGUUUUUGAUUUUCGCAACCGGUCGGGACAGGAGGGUUUUCUCGAUACGAGCCAACAAAGAGUGUAUGACAACGCGGAUAACUUAUUGCAGCGCAUUGUGGACCCAUCAACCACAUCGACGACAGAAACAUCCGCAGAACAAAAGCAGCUCUGGCAAUGGAAAUUCACUGACCAUAGAGACCUGAGUGAAGAUGUGGCAGUGCAUGAUGCCUAUUCCGGCGUCCAGUGCCGACACCUCUGUCAGGCUCACGAAGCCUGUGCAUACUGGACUUACAUUGUGAAAGCGCCCCAAGUGCCAGAUUCUCUGCAGGGCCGGUGUUUCCUGAAAUCUUCGCUUGCCGCGGCCAACCGUGAGUUGGCCCAUCCAUUCGUGGUGAGUGGAGAACGGCUUUGUGCGCACUUCGGUGAAGGCUUGUCAGCGGAAGCUGCCCGAGAGCGGGUUGGGCUUCAGACACCCGUUUGGCGGACCUCUGUCGGAAAGAAAGCAACCGCUGGGCUGGCGCAGCUUCCUGGUGCAGGCACCGAGGACUGGUACAGGGAGGCAGCGAAAGUCUUGGACGAAGUCGGUUUUGUGGUGAUCCUGGAUGCGCUGUCGGAUGCACAAACCACGGAGCUCCUCCACAAGGCCAAGCAGGUCGCUGAGGAGAUGUUGCUCUUGGAUCCCGAGCGGCUUGGGAACCGCGGUCCGCGAAGGUAUAGCUUUGGUGGGGCUUCGCGAACCCUGCACCUGAUGCACAUAGAAGGUUGGGAGCAGUUGCUGGACAAUGAGCCUGUCAACCAGCUCCUUGCAGCCUACUACCCGGAGGGAUUCUUGGCAUGCGGCGGUGGUGGUGACUUCGUCUUGGGCAGCACCAGCACGUAUCAGUCGCUUCACUUGGACGUUGGAGGGCCGGUGCACAGUCUGGAAAAAGCUCCCGCAAUCGGUGUGAACUUCGCAUUGGAAGACAUCUCCUGUGCUGAUGCACCGAUGAGGGCCGUGCCGUACUCCCACCAAAACACCACAGAGCCUCCGGACUUGACGUCCGAGCCGCAGGAGAUGAAGGAUUCCGUGCUUUGCCCCCUGCCUCGUGGAAGCGCCCUCGUCCGAGAUCUGCGCGUCUGGCACGGUGGUACGCCAAGUGGUUCCAGCCUACCGAGAUUUCUGCCGAAUGCCGAGUUCGUUAGCUUGCUCUGGGGUAGUCUCACGUGUGGCAGCGGUGAGAUCCUGGAUCCGUGUCAGCCGGUCCUGCCACGAACGUCGCACGCGCGUCUUUCACCCUUUGCCCGAGCGAUCUCCGCACGGCUGGUCGACAACACGGGAGCCCUGGAGCAUGCAGGACAAAGUACCGAUGCCUGGCUGAUUCGCGACUUCCGUGGAUACCACCGGCACAAGCAAGAAGCAUAUUGA